GCCAAGAGCAUCCCAGUGCAGACCUUUGAGGUGAAGCUGGAUGUCACCCUGGGGGAUCUGACGAAGAUCGGGAAGUCGCAGAAGUACACGCUGAGUGUGGAUGUGGAGGGAGGGAAGCUGGUGGUUCUGAAGAAGCAGAAAGACUCCCAGGAGGACUGGAAUACAUUCACCCAUGACAAGAUCCGGCAGCUGAUCAAGUCUCAGCGGGUGCAGAACAAACUGGGCAUCGUUUUUGAGAAGGAAAAGGAUAGAACACAACGGAAAGACUUUGUUUUCAUCAGUGCUCGGAAGCGGGAGGCUUUCUGUCAGCUCCUGCAGCUGAUGAAGAACAAGCAUUCCCACCAGGAUGAGCCUGACAUGAUCUCCAUCUUCAUUGGCACCUGGAACAUGGGCAGCGUUCCUCCCCCCAAGAACAUCACAUCGUGGUUCACCUCCAAGGGGUUGGGCAAGACUCUGGAUGAGGUGACGAUGGCCAUCCCCCAUGACAUCUACGUCUUUGGCACCCAGGAGAAUUCCCUGGGAGACAAGGAGUGGGUGGACUUCCUGCGCUCCGUCCUCAAGGACUUCACGGAGAUUGAGUACCGCCCGGUGGCCAUGCAGUCCCUGUGGAACAUCAAGGUGGUGGUGUUGGUGAAGCCAGAGCAUGAGAACCGCAUCAGUCACGUCAGCACCUCCAGCGUCAAGACAGGGAUUGCCAACACCCUGGGGAACAAGGGUGCUGUGGGUGUCUCCUUCAUGUUCAAUGGCACCUCCUUUGGCUUUGUCAACUGCCACCUCACCUCCGGCAAUGAGAAGACGGCACGGAGGAACCAGAACUACCUGGACAUCCUGCGCCUGCUUUCUCUGGGGGACAAGCAGCUGAGCUCCUUUGACAUCUCCCUCCGCUUCACCCACCUCUUCUGGUUCGGAGACCUCAAUUACCGCCUGGACAUGGAUAUCCAGGAGAUCCUCAACUACAUCAGCCGCAAGGAGCUGGAGCCACUGCUGAAGGUAGAUCAGCUCAACCUGGAGAAGGAGAAGCACAAAGUGUUCCUGCGCUUUGGUGAGGAGGAGAUCACCUUCCCCCCCACCUACCGCUAUGAGCGAGGCUCCCGAGACACCUACGUCUGGCACAAGCAGAAGCCCACGGGGGUGCGUACCAACGUGCCAUCCUGGUGUGACCGCAUCCUCUGGAAAUCCUACCCCGAGACUCAUGUCAACUGCAACGCUUAUGGAUGCACGGAUGACAUAGUCACCAGUGAUCACUCGCCCGUCUUCGGCUCCUUCGAGGUGGGGGUGACAUCCCAGUUCGUCUCCAAAAAAGGGCUUUCCAAGUCCUCAGAGCAGGCGUACAUCGAGUUCGAGAGCAUCGAGGCCAUUGUGAAGACAUCCAGUCGCACCAAAUUCUUCAUCGAGUUCUAUUCCACCUGCCUGGAAGAGUUCAAGAAGAGCUUUGAGAAUGACAGCCAGAGCAGUGACAAUAUCAACUUCCUCAAGGUGCAGUGGUCAUCCCGGCAGCUGCCCACGCUGAAGCCCAUCCUCUCUGAGAUCGAGUACCUGCAGGACCAGCACCUCCUGCUCACUGUCAAAUCCCUCGACGGCUACGAGUCCUAUGGGGAGUGUGUCAUUGCCCUGAAGUCGAUGAUUGGCAGCACAGCACAGCAGUUCCUCACCUACCUGUCCCACCGCGGCGAGGAGACCGGCAACAUCCGUGGCUCCAUGAAGGUCCGGGUGCCUGCUGAGCGCCUGNUCACCCGUGAGAGGCUCUAUGAGUGGAUCAGCAUCGAUAAGGAUGAGACGGCGGCUGGCAAAGGGAAGGUGCCGCUGACUGCCAGGGCCACCCAGGACCAUACCAAGUAUGGG